AUGAUUAUUCCAGAAGUUGGCAAAGAUGUUCCCGGUGGUAGCAGAGUCUAACAGUAUUCGAUGUGGUUAAUUGCAAGAAAUUGUCAUAGCAUACAAAUAAAAUUAUGGAGAUCAGUCAAAGCCCUUUCAUUACAUCUCUAUAGUAUCUAGGUCACCAUGGCGACUGGACAGAAGUUGAUGAGAGCUAUUAGAGUUUUUGAAUUUGGUGGACCAGAAGUGCUGAAACUCCAGUCAGAUGUUGCCAUACCAAUUCCGAAAGACCAUCAGGUUCUAAUCAAAGUCCAAGGAUGUGGUAUAAACCCAGUGGACACAUAUAUUCGCUCUGGUACUUACAGUAGAAAACCACUUCUACCCUAUACUCCUGGCUUCGAUGUGGCUGGGAUAAUAGAAGCUGUUGGAGAGAGUGUAUCAGCUUUCAAGAAGGGUGACAGAGUUUUCACUACCAGCACGAUCUCUGGGGGCUACGCAGAGUACGCGCUGGCAGCCGAUCACACUGUGUACCUGCUGCCAGAAACGCUGGACUUUAAACAGGGGGCUGCCGUCGGGAUCCCGUAUUUCACUGCUUAUCGAGCUCUGCUCCACAGUGCCCGUGUGAAAGCUGGAGAAAGUGUUCUGGUUCAUGGGGCUAGUGGAGGAGUUGGAAUAGCAGCGUGCCAAAUUGCUAGAGCUUACGGCUUAAAGGUUUGGGGCACAGCUGGUACUGAGGAAGGACAAAAGAUUGUUUUACAAAAUGGAGCCCACGAAGUGUUUAAUCACAAAGAAGCUAAUUAUAUUGAUAAAAUUAAGAAAUCUGUUGGUGAAAAAGGAGUUGAUGUGAUUAUUGAAAUGUUAGCUAAUGUAAAUCUUAGCAAAGAUUUGAAUCUCUUGUCACAUGGAGGGAGAGUAAUAGUUGUUGGCAGCAGAGGUCCUGUUGAAAUAAACCCACGGGACACCAUGGCAAAGGAAUCUAGCAUAAUAGGAGUUGCUCUCUAUUCAUCCACCAAGGAGGAAUUUCAGCAGUUUGCAGCAGCCCUUCAAGCCGGAAUGGAAGUUGGUUGGUUGAGACCAGUAAUAGGUCCCCAGUAUCCGUUGGAGAAGGUGGCCCAGGCUCAUGAAGAUAUCAUUCAUAGCAGUGGGGCUGCUGGAAAAAUGAUUCUUCUCUUAAACUGAUUAAUCCUUCCAUAGAUUUCCUGUGUAAUUAGAGGUUUCUUACCUCAGUUUUACGUACACUACAUUUGCUUUAAUUAGCAUUCAUUUGAUUCAGUGCGUUUCUUAUAUUUAAAAAAAAAAGAUUUAUCUUUAAUGAUCAUAGACAUUGGAGUGCAGUUUAUUUUAUAGCUGGCAGUAUUCUUUAUGCCUUCUGCCCCUCAUCAAGGAAUCAUCGUAGUAGGAAACAGAAAAUUAGGGGUCACUUGGCAUUGGGGGACAUUACAGAAAUCCCUGUUACUUGAUCGUUGAUUCCAUACCUUUGACUAAAACACUAAUUCAGAAUAAGACUGCUUGAUUCCCAAGCCUACUUCGUUAUAAAAACCUUAUAGGGACUUCCCUGGUGGUCUAGUGGUUGAGACUUGGCCAGGGGUGCAGGCUCGUUCCCUGGUCAGGGAGCUAGGAUCCCACGUAUCUUAGGCCCAAAAAACCAAAACAUAAACAGAAUCAAUGUUGUAACAAAUUCAAUAAAGACUUUAAAAAUGGUCCACAUUAAAAGAUCUUAAAAAAAAAAAAAGAACCUUAUAAGGGUUCUUUAGUCUCUGAUUAGCCCAGAACUAUAUUGGACUCUGAAGAUUUUCUGGACUAAAUGAGACUUCUUUUCCGAACUAAUCUCGUCUAGAUCUACAAGUCUGUCAGAAGGGCAACAUAAGUGAUGUCCAGAGAAAUGUGCUAGUCUUCCAGUAUUGUCCAAUAUAUUAUGACAUUCACUAGGUUAAUGAUUGAUUACCAAUGAUCCUUAUACUCUGUGAGGACAGCAGCCUUAUUUUUGGUAUAAUAUGGUACUAGAUGUAUAGUUUUCAAAUAGAUACUUAUUGAUGAUUCAGCUUCAAAGUAGAUUUAGAAUUAUCUGUUUGUAUGGUGUUGAUCAUAUAUUUUUAUUUAAAUUAAUAAAUGAAUUUACACGUUAAGAAUGAUCUGCUUUUAUUAUUGUAACACGGUACUGCAGUAAAUUCUAGA